UAAAUUUUUAAUAUAUAGCUAACUCUCUCUAAAAUGAAAGAAAGAUAUGCAAGUAAAAGAAAAUAUUAACGUCGCCAUUUUUGCAUAGACCAAGCAAAGCAACUAAAAGAGUUAUCUGAGGAUUUUUCGAUCGGAAAACUUAACUAAGAAAUAAACAAGCAAAAUGACUGGUCGUGGAAAGGGUGGAAAAGGUUUAGGUAAAGGAGGCGCAAAACGCCAUCGUAAGGUAUUACGUGAUAACAUCCAAGGUAUAACAAAGCCGGCCAUUCGCCGUUUAGCCCGACGUGGUGGUGUAAAACGUAUUUCUGGCUUGAUUUAUGAGGAAACUCGUGGCGUUUUGAAGGUAUUUUUGGAAAACGUCAUUCGUGAUGCUGUCACCUACACCGAACACGCCAAGCGUAAAACUGUAACCGCUAUGGACGUUGUUUACGCUUUGAAACGUCAAGGUCGUACCCUAUACGGUUUUGGCGGUUAAAUAUUUUUAACGCAAUUUUACAUGUAUUACAAGAUAUGAUUGGGUCAUUGUCAACCUAACCGAGAUUUAAAUUUUAACUACAAAACUUUUUAAUUGAAAUGAAAUAACUGCUAUGAUGUUCUUGCAAAUUACAAAUUAAUUAUGCACAUAUAGACGUGAAAUACAAUGCAAUUCCAUUUAUUCAAAAAAAAAA